AUGGCUCCGACAAAGUUUCCCACCGAACCAGCGAGUUUUCAAGUAGCGAUCGUCUGCGCUCUCCCUCGUGAAGCUGAUGCUGUCACUCUACUCUUCGACGAAAUUUGGACCAAAACGCACGACGAUGGACAAGGUUCAGAUCGGAAUACCUAUGCCACUGGGCGGAUUGCACAGCACAAGGUCGUCCUGGCUACUCUACCCGGCAUGGGCACAAUCAAUGCGGCGAGGUCAACUGUCAAACUGACAGCAAAAUAUACUGGCUUGAGGCUAGCACUCCUUGUUGGUAUCUGUGGCGGUUCACCUCGAAUCACCAACACGAAUGCGUUUCUAGGAGAUGUAGUGAUGAGCAAGUCUAUCCUCCAAUACGACUUCGGCAAACAGUACCCUUAUCACUUCGUCGUCAGAAGGUCGGUUGAGGACAGUCUUGGAAGACCCAAUAAAGAGAUACGAUCACUGCUUGCGGCGUUCGAAACGGAAUUGGUCGACCAGAGACUAAAGCGCGCUGCCACAGGCCAUCUCGGGCAUUUGCAAAACAUUGCAAAGAAAGACCAGCGUUACGCCGACUAUCAAUAUCCCGGAGCGGCGAAGGACAAACUAUAUCCCUCCAAGUACCAUCACAAGCACAGGAGAUCAUGCAGCGAAUGCACGAAUGACCCAAAUGCCAUUUGUAACGCAGCCACCAAGUCCUCUUGUAUCGAACUUGGGUGUGAUCCGUCUCAACUAGUUGCAAGGCGUCGCACUGCGAAUCCUCCUGCAGGUGCAGACUUUGUUCCACAACUCUUCAUCGGUCGAGUUGGUUCAGGCAAUUCCGUUGUAAAAAGUGCCUUGCAUCGCGAUCGAAUUGCUGCCGACCAUGGCAUUAUUGCGUUUGAGAUCGAAGGCGCCGGUGUAUGGGAUCAUGUACCUUGCAUUGUAGUCAAGGGGAUUUGCGACUAUGCCGAUAGUCACAAAAAUAAAGACUGGCAAGACUUCGCCUCUGCUACAGCCGCUUCUGUUGCUAAAGCCAUCGUGGAGCGGUAUGCCUCCUAUAAGCGGUAUGUUUUGGUCCUCUCUUAUGGUACAAAGCUUACAUGGGUAGACUUCCGUGGUAUCAACAAGCGUAGCGUCGCUGGCAAUUCUGCCGGGGGUGGAGCGUGGGUUAAUCAGGGCGAUGUAACAGGCAACGCGACAUCCAUGUCUGGCCCUGGUCAAGUUCCAGGAGAGCAUGACCCCAGAUGUCCCUCGCGUUUUCCAGAAAAAUGGUAGUAGGUAGUAAGGAAAGUCCUCAAGACUGAUGAAGAGAAAAUGCUUGGGUCAUUUCGGCAACAGUUGUCUCGGAGACGAGAAUGCUAUCUUCGGUGUUAUCUAUACAAGCUCCCUAGAGUUUAUUCUACACCUUGUAGUACUUACAUAGUUCCAGCUGUCCUGGCUUAGAGCUCCCAUGAAACACUUGUAGUUAAAGACAAGGGCCCUUUCUUCAGCGGGACUAUUGUAUCCAGAAGCAAUCUUGGUUCUUCCUACUGCCUUAGCCUUUCCCGGACUAGAAGCUUAUUGCACGAUGAAAGGGUCAGGUAUCAAAACUCAGCCAUGUACGUUAUCCAAU